AUGGACGUAGAAAUGACUGAUGCAAGCCCCAGUCGGUCUUCUGAGACUAUUACGUCGGACAGGGACUUGGUCAAGACAGUGCGAUCUCUCGACCAGACCGGCCCCGGAGCCAAUGGCGAAAACCUCGACCGAGUAUGGAAGCAGCUCACAUCUGCCAGCCAGGGACCCUUCUCUGCCGCUGAGGAGAGCGUCCUCCGAUGGCUCCUCAAAGUCAUGAAAGCGAACAACGACGAAGCCGACACAAUCCGACGAUUCCCCCUAACAUGGCGCAUUCUCGAUUGCACAUUCCAGAGAGUCCCUCUCUUUUCACUCGCAAAGUCCCUCGCCGAUCGAAAGUUCAUGGCGGUUCUCCAACAGACUCUCAAGAGCGUCGCGAAGCCGAGCACCGAACCCCAGACCUCAGGAUCCAAGUCGAAGAAGAGGAAGAGGACCAAUACCGCAAUCUUUGAGCUGAAGACUCUGCAGUCUUUCGAGGGUUGUCUAGUCACAGGCGAGGCUAUCUUUGACGCAUUAAAGAACCUGUUUGAACGACUGGACCCGGCGGCACAAUGGUCGGCUCACGACAGGAUGGGAGCAGAACACAUCAAGGCACUCUUCGCCCAGCCUGCGACUGAGGCGGUAGAGUUGCUCUCGCCUCUGCUGUCCCUUUGCGAUUCCUCCCUGGAAGCCUCAGAGACUGAAACAUUUGAGGCGCAAGAGUCAUGGGUAAAGGUCUUCUCAUCCGCCUGGGACCUGCAUCUUCAGGGCGGCGCCGAUGCGCUCGAAGUCGCCACUCACUUCUCGCGGGCGUCUUUCUCUAUUCUGGGCGAGACUAAGAACCGGUCGAGCAACGAUGGACAAGUAGCCAGGGUCUGGACUCGCGACCUGGAAAAGUUCCUCCAACGCAACCUUGUUCUGCCGGCGAGGUCGGCGUACCUCAACAAAACCGAUCUCGAGGUUAUUACUCGCUGUUUUACCAUGGUGCAGAACAUCGCCUUGGCCUCGGUUCCCAUUCUUUACCGUUUAGUGUCUUCAGCUCCGAGGGUCGUCGGAGGACUCACGACAACAAAGGCUGAUGAGGCCUGGAUGCAAGAGGUUUUCAAGAUGUCUGAGCGUGCCAUGAGACAGCUGUCCGGUAGCGAAAAGUCACAGGCGAUGGGAGGCAUCCUUGGGGAGGCUAUCGCGAAUAAGUCUCGCAUCGCUCCGAGCGACCUUCUGUCAGUCUGUGAGACUUACGCGCUUUCUGAUAACCAGAGCGAGACUGACUGGCGUCUCUUGUCGCUUGUUGCGAAAUGUGACGCUGAUGUCUUUUUGCAAUCAGAAGAGGGCACACAACUCUUCAACCAAGUGUGCGACAGGAUCACUGCAGUUGGCGCGGAGGCGGACGAGGACACUAUGCGCCAGCUGAUUGAGUCGCUGAUAACUGGUUUUGAAAAUGCCCGCGACUUGUCAACGUUCUUGAAGACGUGGUUCGUUCAACUCUCAAAGUUCGAAGACAAGAAGCUGCGCUCCGGAGACCGGCCUGUUUGGUUCACUAGAGUACACCGCGACCAGACGCUGAUUGGAGGCAUUCAGAAGUCCUUGACCACCAAACAGUUGAUCAAUCUGCUGCAAUGGGUUGAGGAACAGCAGGAACUUCGUCCAGCUGCCGUCUUCAUUUUCCUCAACACCCUCGCGUCUGCAGUGACCAAGGAUGACUAUGCCGAUGCGGUUGGAAGCAAGCUUGCCGACAUUGCGUUGAAUGUCGGGUCGGCCAGUAAGACACCGUCGGAUAUUCGCUCUUUGCGUUGGAAAAUCAUCUCCAAGACUGUUUCCUGGCUAGAUUACGACCAGGCCACUGCUCUCUGGGACAAGGUCCAGACAGAUCUCACAAAGUCAUUACAAAAGGCUAAAUUUGAUGACGAAGAUACGUGCGAGGCCCUGGAGUGCGCAUAUAACUUCUGGCUAUCAAUGCAUCCCGACGGCCGCGACCAGACUGCUCUUUCUUCCCUGCUUACAAGCUUCAUCGAGAGACUCUUGAAGAAGGUCAAGGUGGAAGACCUGCAGGGUCUCUUUGAUUCUCGAGAUUUUGCGGUUUCAGAUACCUCCGAUGUCCCCAAAUUUUGCGCAGAGUUCCCCCUCGCAGCAUCGAGACUCGUGGCUCUUCUUGUGAAGUCCUCGGGCGGUCUGCCCGACUUCUUGCAACGCGCCUUGGGUGACGAGAGCUUUCCCAAGGGCAGCGAGGUGAAGCUCGGGAAUGUCCUUCACGCGGUUACUUCAAACGAGAACAACCUCUGCAAAAAGAAGCUUACAGCCGAGGUGGUGGACCACGCCAUCGACAUAAUCAGCAAGGCCUCAAGUCAAUCUUCUCCCUGGGCCGAGCAGCGGAGCAGAACCGUCAUGAUUGAGCUGUCAAGAAUCCCCGACGAAUCCAUCACAAGACAACAGAGAGAGCGCCUCAUGGAAGUCUUGGUUCCAAAAGUACACGCGGCCGGCGAAUUGGAUCCAUCAGACUGGCAUCUGGUUUUGGGAUUCUUGAUCAAGCUUAUGUCAAGGCCAACCUUUUACCAUAAAAUGUCAUUCUCCGACCUUCAGAAGAUUGCCGACUCACUGGCAAAAGUCUGCGCAGAGAGCGACUCGAGGACGGCCCUCGGCCUGUCCCAGCUCGUAUCACAGUUGGCGACACUAACUGUACGACAAAUGAACGAUCACCAGGAAUGGCGCACGCAAUACUUCGACAAGAUCCCCGCUCUUCUGAAGGGCCUAGAUGGUGAUGCCUCCUCUGUGCAAAUGACUCUGUUGAAGGCACUGCUCUCCGUUGUGCUACCUGAAGCUGGUUCUGAUGACAAAGUUGCCGUCAUCGACAGCGAUCAAGUAGCUUCGGCCUUAGGAAGCCUCAUUCAAGACACUUUGAGUGACUUUUCCAAGGCCUCGCGAAAGCAAAAGGUCAAGGGAGACAUCGUCAACCGCGCCCUGAUUGCACUCGACGCAGCUGAAGCUUUGCCAAAGCCCGCUGUCAUGGGGCUCAAGAUCAAGGUGUCUCAGUUGGAAGAGGUGAGCCAGCAGGCGAUCACAAAUGGAUACUUCAGCGGAUGGAAGCUUCAGGCGUUCCUCAUCAAGUAUUUCCCGUCAAAGGUGGCAGGUGUUCGGCCGACCUCCUUCGGCCAACUCUUCAGCAGCGCGCUGCCCACACCCCUGCCGAGCGGCGCAGUACCCGAUCCCCUUUUUGACUUCAACCGACAAUCCAUAUUGGAAGACAUCAUUGACGCUGGCGUCGCCGGUCUUGAUUACAAUGGCAAGGUCCAGUAUGUGCAGAAUCUUCUCGAGGGCGUUGAGGCAGACGCUGCUCCGGCAGCAGGUUCAACUUCCGAAGGCCAGCUCCUUGCCAUCCGCCGUGUGGUUACCCAGAUGACUGAAUCCCCUGUCGGUCUUGAUAAAUCAAAGGCCUUUGACUUGGCCACGGCCCACGGCAAACUGAUCAGGUACCUGGCCCAGGCCGGAACUGUGCGCGAAUUCGUCAGGACCGCCGAAGUCCUCCAGCAACUGCUCGACAUCAAGUCGGACUCCAUGACCCAGUGGAACAUUGAGACCACACUCAGCACAGUGGCAGCAAUCGUCUCCAAUGAUCAAGGCAACCUCCUCACCGCAUCGCCGAGCGUGUACCAGUGGCUCUGCAAGCUGAUGGAGGUCAUCAUCAAGAAGCACCGUCUCCGCCUCGAGGGCCACUACCACAUCCUCGUCACCACCCUCGAAGCCCUCCUCAGCGCCCUCGACCCACCCUCAUCGUCCACGCAGCAACGAGCCAAGCACGCCACGCAAUUCACGCGCCUCGUAACCCUCGUGUGCGAGCCCGCCGCCGCCGCCGUCUCCCGCGUGCAGCACCUGAGCGCCCUCGACUCGGCGACCGACGCGGCGAAGAGGUCUGCCGGCCGGCACAUGUACCUCGUCCUCAUGGCGUACGUCAAGCUGCAGCUGGACGUGGACGUGCCGCGCGAGGUCCGAGAGGCGUUGGAGCCCGGCAUGAAUUCUGUGUUUGAUAUUACACCGCUAGAGGUGAGGAAGAUUCUUAACGAUAGCAUGGAUGCUAGUGGCAGGGCUAUUUUGAGGGAGAUGUACAAGAGGUAUACCAAGUUUGGCAAGUGGAGUGGUGUGUAA